CACCCAUCUCUGCAUCACUGCAGCUCCACAUUUUAUCCUCCAAUCUCUUUCAAAGUCAACCUCGCUCCCACCAUGUCUGACAUCCAGAAGGCUAUGGCCCUCCUCAUCACCUCCUACACUAAAUAUGCCAGCAAGGAGGGAGACAAGGAUACCCUGAAUAAGGAGGAGCUGAAGGAGCUUCUGCAGAAUGAAUUUGGAGAGAUGCUGUGUAAAGCCAAUGACAAGGCCGGAAUAGACCGCAUCUUCAAUGACCUGGACAAAGACAAGAACAACACUGUGGAUUUCGGGGAGUUUGUUAACUUGGUCUGCUGCCUCACUCAGAUGUGCCAUGAAUACUUCAUCGGCAAGAGAUGAAGAAUCUAAGCGCCACCUUGAGGCCAGCUGUGAGAGCUGCCGAUGUGCAAAAGAGAAGAUAGUGAAGUCACAAACAUCAUCUUGUAAUGCAAAAUUAAAUAAACUUUUUCCCUCUAAAACA